AUGUCACUUGAUAGUAUCAUGCUCGUACGCUGGACAUUCUUAUCUACGAUUCUGGUGAAUGGCCUACUCUUUGUUGAAGGUGCUCCUAAGCGCACAUUGGUUAGGAUAUCCCAUCGCGGAGCCCGCCUCGACAUUCGUCUUAUACCGAGUAUGAUGGCGAAGACCAUGACUGCCUUCAACGGAGAGUCGUAUUUACUCACUCCUGAAGACCGUGAGUGUGAACGAUGCUUCGCGCAAGAUGGUAUGAUCUACGACCUGAACGCUGUAGGGGUCCAGAUUGUAGACUCCGCAUGCUCGGUUGGUCACAGUCAAAUCUUGAGCUACUUGAGGAAGGCUGAGGUUACUUUGGGGAUUGACUUUGAUUGCGAGCCCGACUCAGUGGUCACCAUAAACCCGCUGCCCAGGCCUGUUAGGGCACAAAACUCGUCCAAUUGUACUGGCGGCAAUCCCGUUCUUGGCACCAAUGAUCCCGGCUCCUCCUGCCAGCGUAGCCUCGAGGUUAUCCGCAUCGGAGCUGCCUGGCAAGCGGCUCGCUCAGCCAAGCGCAAGCUGAGGGAAAUCGUACUGGCCAUCAGCGACAGUGGGGUUGACAUGACCCACCCGGACCUGGUUCACCAGUUCUGGAGGAAUCCAUCAGACAAUUCCAUCGGCUACAAUUUCAUCACGAACAGCACUGAUGUUACUGAUGACUUUGAACACGGUACACACUGUGCUGGGAAUGCUGCUGCCCAAACUAACAAUAGCCUUGGUAUUGCAGGGGUGGCGAAUAUUGAUGGCUCAGUACUCAAUGUGAAGCUGAUGAUACUCAAGUUCCUCAAUGCUUCCGGACGUGGUUGGGUGAGCGACGAAGCUAGGGCCCUCAACUUCGCCGUCGAGAAUGGAGCUACAGUGUCCUCUCAUUCUUAUGGCGCAUACGCCCCGAGCCCAAUCGCGCGAAUCGCCUUUGAGAAUGCCGCUGCUGCUGGACAUAUCGCCGUUGCUGCUGCUGGGAAUGACGGGAUGAGCCUAGAGAAGGCGACAUUCUAUCCAUGCACCUAUGCGGAGAACAUCACAUCUUUGAUUUGUGUGGCUGCCAGUACGUCUGAUCCUACCAAGCCCAUCUCUCUCGUCGACUGGUCAAACGCUGGGCCAAUUACGAAGAUUGCAGCUCCAGGUGUUGGUAUCUACUCGACGAUACCUGACGGAUCGUACGCCGCUAGGGAUGGUACAUCCGUGUCGACCCCCACAGUUGCCGGUGUCGCGGCUCUGCUCGCUACACUAGGUCUAACUGGCCAGAACAUAACCGACACUAUUUUUGAAUCUAGGACGGCCGCUAUACCCAAUAAGUUCGACUUCUAUUAUAUCGGGGAGAUAGAUGCACUCAAAGCUGUCCAAAAGGCUCUUGAAAAAUUGGGUGGCCGCUCCUUUCGAAGCAGCUGAAUCCCUUCCGAGACCUGUGGACUCCGAUCAUCAUUGAGCCAGCGAAUCUCGUCCUCUCUCCUUUAUUUCUCAUUUUCAUGGAAAGAACCUUCUUUGUCUUGUAUCGUCAGUCAGCUCGUUUAAGGUGACUCUCCGACCUUUUAUUGAAAAAAGUGUGCUGCUGCUGGUGGAUAUUUCGUUAUGUCAUGUUUCAUCGAGCCGACGGUUUCUUGACUAGAUUGCUGAUCAUAGACGUCACGUCUCCAGUAUAAAGGAAAAUAGAUUAUGAUUAAGAAAUAAUAAGAACAAAUCAAGUC